GCCAGAGACGAGAAGAGAGGAGGGGAGGCCUCCUCCGCCGCCGCCAUCUUGGACCGGGCCCGGUCAGCUUCCGCGGAGCCAUCGGCCAGACGCCGCGGCCUCCCUUGAGCCCCGACCCCCGUCGUCAGAACAGCCCCGGGCCCUCUGCCCCCACGCCCCGCUCCCGCUUCGCGCCGCUAGCGCCAUAGCGCCCGGGCCCGGGGCGCGAGGAAGAGGCGGCGGGCGCUCGCCUCCCCCGCCUGUCGCGAUACGCUCCUCGGCGGCGGUGCCAGCUCCCGUGCGCCCCGCGGGGACAGUGCCGACGCCCGCCCGUCUGCCGCAGUGGCCGUCUCCGGGGGAGCAUGAAGAGAGCGCGUCCGUAGGCAGGGACCAUGGCGGACAAGCGCAAGCUCCAAGGUGAGAUUGACCGCUGCCUCAAGAAGGUGUCCGAGGGCGUGGAGCAGUUUGAGGAUAUUUGGCAGAAGCUCCACAACGCGGCCAACGCGAACCAGAAAGAAAAGUAUGAGGCUGACCUAAAGAAGGAGAUUAAGAAGCUGCAACGGCUGAGGGACCAGAUCAAGACAUGGGUUGCGUCCAACGAGAUCAAGGACAAGAGGCAGCUCAUAGACAACCGCAAGCUCAUCGAGACGCAAAUGGAACGGUUCAAAGUUGUGGAGCGAGAGACCAAAACCAAAGCUUACAGCAAGGAGGGCCUGGGCCUGGCCCAGAAGGUGGACCCUGCCCAGAAGGAGAAGGAGGAGGUCGGCCAGUGGCUCACGAAUACCAUUGACACCCUAAACAUGCAGGUGGACCAGUUUGAGAGCGAAGUGGAGUCACUGUCCGUGCAGACGCGCAAGAAGAAAGGCGACAAGGAUCAGAAGCAGGACCGCAUCGAGGGCCUAAAGCGGCACAUCGAGAAGCACCGUUACCACGUGCGCAUGCUCGAGACCAUCCUGCGCAUGCUGGACAACGACUCCAUCCUCGUGGACGCCAUCCGCAAGAUCAAGGACGACGUGGAGUACUACGUCGACUCCUCCCAGGAUCCCGACUUCGAGGAGAACGAGUUCCUCUACGACGACCUGGACCUCGAGGACAUUCCACAGGCGCUGGUCGCCACCUCCCCCCCGAGCCACAGCCACAUGGAGGACGAGAUCUUCAAUCAGUCCAGCAGCACGCCCACCUCCACCACCUCCAGCUCCCCCAUCCCCCCCAGCCCGGCCAACUGCACCACGGAGAACUCGGAAGACGAUAAGAAGAGGGGGCGCUCGACGGACAGUGAGGUCAGCCAGUCUCCAGCCAAGAAUGGCUCCAAGCCUGUGCACAGCGCCCAGCAGCCGCAGCCCCCCGCCGUGCCGCCCGCCUACUCUGGCCCCCCGCCUGCUGCCCCUGGCAACAACGGGGUCCCUACGCCAGCAGCACCAGCCAGCACCCUGGGGCCCAAGGCCAGUCCCGCCCCCAGCCACAACGCCGGUACUCCUGCCCCCUAUGCCCAGGCCGUGGCCCCCUCGGCGCCCAGCGGGCCCAGCUCCUCCCAGCCCCGGCCCCCCAGUGUGCAGCCGAGUGGGGGCGCUGGCGCAGGCAGCGCUGGCAGCGGUGGCAGUACAGGGGGCGGUGCUGGCAAGCAGAACGGUGCCACCAGUUACAGCUCAGUUGUGGCGGACAGCCCCGCAGAGGCAGCUCUGGGCAGCAGUGGGGGCAGCAGCGCCAGCAGCCAGGCCCUGGGGGCCCCUUCAGGCCCCCACAACCCCCCGCCCAGCGCCUCGAAGGAGCCCAGUGCAGCAGCCCCAGCAGGGGCAGGGGGCGUGGCCCCAGGUUCAGGGAACACCUCAGGGGGGCCCAGCCUGCUGGUGCCACUGUCCGUGAACCCGCCCAGCUCCCCGACGCCCAGCUUCAGCGAGGCCAAGGCUCCCGGUGCUCUCCUCAACGGGCCCCCCCAGUUUACUGCCGCCCCAGAGAUCAAGGCCCCCGAGCCACUGAGCUCCCUCAAGUCCAUGGCGGAGCGAGCAGCCCUCAGCUCUGGCAUCGAGGACCCUGUGCCAACGCUGCACCUCACGGAGCGAGACAUCCUCCUGGGCAGUACCUCUGCGCCCCCGGCCUCGGCGCAGCCGCCGCUGCAGCUCUCGGAGGUGAACAUCCCGCUGUCGCUGGGCGUGUGUCCCCUGGGGCCCGUGCCCCUCAGCAAGGAGCAGCUGUACCAGCAGGCCAUGGAGGAGGCCGCCUGGCACCACAUGCCACACCCCUCCGACUCAGAGCGCAUCCGGCAGUACCUUCCCAGGAACCCCUGCCCCACGCCCCCCUACCACCACCAGAUGCCCCCCCCGCACUCGGACACGGUGGAGUUCUACCAGCGCCUGUCCACCGAGACGUUGUUUUUCAUCUUCUACUACCUGGAGGGCACCAAGGCACAGUACCUGGCAGCCAAGGCCCUGAAGAAGCAGUCAUGGCGGUUCCACACCAAGUACAUGAUGUGGUUCCAGAGGCACGAGGAGCCCAAGACCAUCACCGACGAGUUUGAGCAGGGCACCUACAUCUACUUCGACUACGAGAAGUGGGGCCAGCGCAAGAAGGAAGGCUUCACCUUCGAGUACCGCUACCUGGAGGACCGGGACCUCCAGUGACGCGGGCCCUCCCCGCAUGCUCCCGCCCGGCCCAGCGAGGGCGCCACCCUGGACUGGGGCACCCCUCCCCGGCAGCAGGAGGGGGCUGGGGACCCGCCGCCUCCGCCCCGCCCUGGGGCCCAGGGCUGCUCCCUCCCCUCCCCAGUGAGGGACAUUUUUUGGUAAACCUAUUUUCAUUUUGGAAAAUAUUUAUGAAUAAAUAGUUUUAUAUGA